GGAAUGACACAUACUGUUAUAAGAACAGGGCAGAUAUCAAGGAGCCAUGCUGAGACCAGUGCAAGUGUACAAACCGCACUGAAACGCUAAGGAGAAGGAGAUCUCAAAGUUGGAAAAUCUUGUUGUUACACUCUUUGAAGAAACUUUUUUACGUUCUAAAGUCUAAUGGCCACAUCUAUUUUGUGUUGCAAAACCCAGAGAAGGAUGCUGUAAACAAGCUCAAAAUCCAUGAUCCUUGACUUGCUACAGUAAGUAACAGUAGCAGAAAGGAGACUGCGUUCUGCUGUUAGCGAAAUACAGAAGAAAUGGUCUUCUACCAUGAUCAGCUUCAGGAUGUCCAUUCUUAAAGUCUUGCUUUUCAUUUUGUUCAUGGCCAGCAAUUCACUGAGCAAACAAGAAGCUUUAGAAGCCAACUGUACUGGGGUUGAGGACUUUGGAGCUUGCCUGGGUAAUACAGAAAGCUUCUGUCCUACCAAUAUUUCUUGUCAAUGUAAAAAUGAAAAACCUUUUUGCAGAUGUGAUUACUUCAGAGUGGACUGGAAGGAAUAUUGGUACAUGGGUCCCAAAUGUAACCACCUUUGGAACACUUUAGAUUUUAUUUUAGUAGCUGUUCUUCCUGCAGUAGCACUGGUUAUCAUACUUGUUGCAAUAUUUAGCUGUGUCUACUACUGUAAAAGUGAAAAAGCUGGGAACCCGACAAUUCCUCCAUACCGUGAAGCACGACAUAACCCUGCAUUUACUGCUGAAACGGCUGAUAGCCUGGGGCAUGGUUAUGAGCAGUCGCCAAGGGGGGUCUGGGCUGGACAAAUUCCAAAACCUGUACUGAGAAGAGAAGAUUUUGGUGAUGUCCCAACCCCAAGUCAGUUAGGGAAUUACAGUCCCGUGCAUCCUCGGCCAUUCCGGAACCCAGAUCCUGCAACAGACCGUUUUCCUAAUCAGUAUGAGAAAUUUGGCUCUCCAAGCAAUAAUUUUUCUUAUGCAGGUUAUGCAGAGAGGAGACAGUACCGGCAAUAUUAAGUACCAGUGCUUCCUGUAGCUGAAAUGUCCUGGAAUGCUGCGUGAUCAAUGAACGAUCCAAAUGCUGAGAGAACAGUAAGACAUUGUAGGCUGAAACAUAGAGGAAAUAGCCGUAACUAUUAGAAAGUGCUAAAUGUUAUUGCAAAGAAAAGCUAUAGAAGAUAAUUAUAAAACAAAACAUGAUACUAGCAUCCAAUUCGUUUACAGUGUAAUUGAUGACAACUUUUUGUGAAUACCUGAUUUUACAGUUUACAUAGCUGCUUCUAAGUAUUGCUUAAAUUGAUGCACAUCUGUUGGGAAACAGGGUUCUUUUGUGAUUAACCAUGUGUCUUGUAUCUAAAUAACAAGCAGUACCUAUCACAAAAAGCUGCCCUUCCUCAGAAGAAACUCAUGAGAAAGGAACAAGUCUUCUCAAAUUUCAGCAUAAGAAAUGACAAAUAAGAACACUAAUCAUUAUUCUUCCCUGUUUGCUUCCUAGAGUGGUUUAAAUCCAUAUCAACGGGAAAGAAGGGCAAGGGGUUGCAUUUUUUUCAUAUUUCUCAGGAAGGCUUGUCAAAGACAACUUUUGCCAGGUCGUUUUUGCUUCUUGGUGUCCAUUUGAUUCACCCAUUUAUGUGUGGUGUUUGCUCCACUCCGUGUCACAAUGUCCCUCCACAUGCUGGUGAGGAAUGGUUCCGAAUCUAAUGCUGUUAGCAGGACCAUGAAUUUCUCUUAACUGUAAUUAGGAAGAUUCUUCAGGGCAUUGUAGCACAUAGAGCCUGUUGUGCCCUGACUGACAUUGCUUUGGUUUUCCCCUUAAAAAGCCAAUAUUUAAAGAAAGAAAACAACAAAUUACAUACAAUUUUGAACUGUGUAGGAAGAAUCUGUAUUCUUGUUACACCGAUUACCUGCAGAAUUAGGUAGAAGGGAAGGCUCUGUUCUCAGGCACAGCCACUUAGCCUCACUGACGCUGGCAGCACUGGACAAACAUAACCAAGGCACUCGGCCUCCCCCUAUCCGAAGAUGCAUCAUAUACUGAAGUAUUGACUAAUGUAGCAACCUCAGCUUUUGAGCCCCUCCCAUUGUCCCUUGUUUCUUUUUCAUUUUGUCUUCCUUUGUUGUCUUGUUGAUCCUAACAGCUGAAAUGGUUUGCCCUUAAAAAUGCAGUGGCUUUCUUUGUAACUUGUUUUGUAAAUAAUGACAAUAAAUGAAGCUAUGGAAAAUUGACUACCUUGCCACCAACUGAAAAAUUAACGAUACUCAAGUCCUGUAUAUAUUUUCAAAAAAGUCUCAAACACAUUAUUUUAACAUUUAUAUUAAAUUAUUCUUUUCCUUAGUAUUAGGUAAUAUGUGAAACUAUAAGACAAAACCAGAAUAUUAAGGUUUUUAGAAAGUUGAAAAGAUUGUCAUUUCUUUCAUAUAAAUAGGAAUGUUCUCCAUGCCUUUCCUGCAGCUUGGCACUUUCCAUGCUCUCCACAACCCUGUUAUUGCCCAGACUGUAUUGAGUUUCCUAUGCAAGUACAUUGGUAGAGAAGCCAGGAACCUAUUCCAACCUCUUCAUUUUGCUCCCUGUUCCUUGCAAGUAUUUAGUGGAUGGGUACAGCUUCCUGCUGGGGAAAAAAGGAAGGGUGGCUCCAAAGCUGGCAGCUUUUCUUGGCUCUAACUCAGCUGCCAUCCUAGCUGGUAUUCUCUAAUCUCCAACCACAAUGG